AUGACAAUUGCCGCAACUGCCAACCCCCUCCCUAAAGAGGGUGCAGAGCCGGGGCUGACGAGGAUCGGUAACUCAACGACCCCGUAUUAUACACUCAGCAAAUCGAUCCCAUUUGCCAACCUUGACCAGCACCGGUACUGGCACGCGAUGAUCAUCCCCAGAUUGGGGCCCUUCCCCACCCAGCAAAGCAUCUACAAGUGCCUGCUCGGAGGCACGGGCUCUGUCGAACUGAGCCAAAACAUUCAGCGUCGGGGAUUCACCACGCGUGUAGCCUUCGAGCCUACCAGCUACAUCGCCAGCACGGGCGUGGACCCCUUCAACCGGCACGCCGUGCACGCCACUCUGGCCGAGCUGCGCACCCUGGGUGCCGCCCAGAUUGACAUGGAGCUCCACCACCACCUCCACGGCCAGCUCACACUUACCGACAGCGAGGAGCAGCGCAUGACCCCCGCACAAGUCGCCGACACUGUCUGGCGCACGCAGACGCUGCUCGCUCUAGACCUGAGCCCCUCGAGCGAUAUCACCGUUAAGGAAUACUUCUACCCAAAUCUCAAAUCUCAAAUGACUGGGCGCAGCGUAGCAGACCUAUGCUUUACAGCCAUCCGCUCCGUUGACCCCCAGGGCUACUUCGCCGCUGCCUCGAGGGUUAUCGCGCGCCACAUGCAGACCCAAACUCAGACGGACCUGUACUUCCUCUCGUGCGACCUUGUCCACCCGGCCACCACGCGCUUCAAGCUCUAUCUAAUGGAGCUUGAUAUGCGGUGGGCUAAGGUUGAGGAGCACUGGACGAUGGGGGGCGUACUUUCGGGCGAUGCGGAAGUUGACCAAGGGUUGGAGAUGCUCCGCGAGCUGUGGCGGGAUUUCGGGAUCAUCGAGGGCCUGCGUGACGAGCCGGAGCGGCCUUCGCUGCCGGGGGACCCGGAUACCAUCAUUCCUUUCAUUCUGAACUAUGAAAUGCACCCCGAUCAGCCCUUGCCUGUUCCGAAAUUCUACUUCCCGUUAGUGGGGAUCCCGGAACUGAAGAUUACGAAGGUGCUUGAGGCGUUCUUUGAGCGACAUGAUAUGCCGGAGCAGGCGGCAGUGUAUCGGGAGAAUUUGCAGUCGUACUACCCGAGCAAGGAUUUGGCUACGGCAACUGAUCACCAGGCGUGGAUGUCGUUCUCAUACACGAAAAAGAAGGGGCCGUAUCUUACUAUGUACUAUCACUAG